AUGAAAAGUAGAAAUUGGUUCUUUUUCAUACUAUUAUUGAUUCAGUUGGUUUCUUCAAAUCAGAUACGAUUUGAUUUACAUGGUACUAUCGAUGAAUAUGCUGAAAAUGAUUUAACAAGUAAAUAUAAUAAAUUAGCGAAUGAUUCUUUAUUAUGGGGUCCCUAUAGAUCGGCAUUAUAUUUUGGUAUAAGACCAAGGAUACCUAGAUCUCUAUUAUCUGGACUUAUGUGGUUUUCAGCUGAUAAUUAUCAAUCAAUUGGUAAAAUUAGACAUUUUUAUGAACAAAAUGAUGACAUGUCAAAAGCUAAUUGGAUAGAAUAUGAUCCUAGAAUUGGAGGAAGACAAAUAAUAAAAGACAAUGAGAAUCAUGUUGAUAUUACAAUUGAUUUUGUAAAAAGUCAUGAUGGUUUAUCUUGGGGAGUUAAAAUCGAUUCAAAAUUUCAUGAAGGUUAUAAAGAUAAAAAGAUUGCAUUUGUUUGGUAUUCAGGAUUAGAAGGUGAAAAACGGUCAGAAUUGGAUUCAGAUGAAAAAGAAAGAACAGGGUUUUUAAAAUUGGAAAAUACAAAGAAUAAUUUAGGUUAUGAAGGAGAUAUCAAAUUUGUCGGAAUAUCUGAAGAAUUGGGGGCAUUUGAAUUGACUAUAAACGAUGGACCUGAUACAAAUAAACAUCCAAAAGGUAAUCCCGAUUUAAAUUCUGAGUUAGAUCCAAGAAAAACUCAUCAUUAUAGUUUGACUGUUCCUGAUGAUAAUGUUUGGCAAGCAAGAGAUAUAUUUAUGACAAUGUUGCAAGAGUCGAUAAAAGAAUUGAUUGAAAGAUUUGGUGCUGUUGAAAAAAUUCCACCUGAAAACUUGUUUAUAUUAAGAGACUUGCAAAAUUUUGAAGGUAAUCUUCAUUUUAUUGAAAAAAUUUAUCAAGGAGAUUGUGAAUUUGACAUUAUCUAUGACAAUGCAUUAACUCCGCAAUCGCAAAAGAUCAAUUCAAAGAAUUUGGCUACUAAAAUAAACGAUGCAUUAAAAGCAUUUGAGGAAAAAUUUCAACUUAAUUUCAAAAUCAAUGCCCCAUUUGACAGUUUACCGAAAUAUACAGAGUUUGCUAAAGAACUUUUAUCUGGCUUAUUAGGUGGAUUAUCAUAUGUUUAUGGAGAUCAUUUGGUUGACAGAGAAACAAUCUUUGACGAUGAUUCAUUUGAAUCAUAUCAAUUGAAUGGUGCUUUUGAAGGACCACAUGAAUUGUUUACAUUAGUUCCUUCAAGACCGUUUUUCCCUCGAGGAUUUUACUGGGACGAAGGUUUCCAUUUAAUGCCAUUAUUACAGUAUGAUUCUGAUUUAGUUUUGGACAUCAUUAAGUCGUGGUUUAAUUUAAUUGAUGAAGAUGGAUGGAUUGCUCGUGAACAAAUAAUAGGAAGAGAACUGAGGUCUAGAGUUCCAAAAGAAUUCCAAGUUCAAAGUCCUCAAAUUGUAAAUCCACCAACAUUGACUUUAGUCUUGACUUACUUAUUGGAGAAUGUAUCCAAAUAUUCAAAGUAUGGAAAUUUAAAUGAUCCGGUAAAUGUUGAUGAACAAAUUUCAGUGGGAAAUUUUGUUUUAAACAAUCCUGAAGUGUUGACAAAUUAUACAAGAGAAGUUUAUCCUAAGUUGAAAUCUCAUCUUAACAUGUUUAGAAGAACACAAAAGGGUUAUGUUGAAGAAUUCGAUAGAGGCAGUAAUCAAGAAGCAUAUAGAUGGAGAGGUAGAACAGAAACUCAUUGUUUAGCCAGUGGUAUCGAUGAUUAUCCUCGUGCAUCCCCUGCUGAUGUUGCCGAAUUAAAUGUGGAUUUGUUAUCAUGGAUUGGUAUUAUGACUAGAUCCAUCAGUUUGAUGGCCGAAAUUUUAAACAAGAAGGAAGAUGUGGAAGAAUUUAAACAAAUUGAAAAUGAUAUAAUUGAAAAUAUAAAUAAGUUGCAUUGGUCAGAGGAUGAAAAAACCUUCUGUGAUGUAUCAGUAAAUGAAGAUGACGAAAAUAUUUUUGUUUGUCAUAAAGGAUAUGUUUCAUUAUUUCCCUUUUUAACAAAAUUAAUAUCUGUUGAUGAUAAUGAAAAAUUACAAUCUAUAAUAGAGAUUAUAUCUAAUCCGGAAGAAUUAUGGAGUGAUUAUGGAGUACGAUCAUUAUCAAAACAAGAUCCAAAUUAUAGAACAGGUGAGAAUUAUUGGAAAUCUCCAAUUUGGAUCAAUAUUAAUUAUUUAAUUUUGGAUUCUAUAAAAUAUUAUUAUAAUGAAGGUAAAGAAACAAUGUCUAAUGAGUUGGCAAAAGUUUUUGCUGAAACUUAUCAACAAUUGAGAAUAAACAUUGUAAAAAAUGUUUUUGAUCAAUGGGAAUCAACAGGAUUUGUUUGGGAACAAUACAAUGAUGAAGAUGGUAAAGCUCAAAAAGCAAAGAAUUUUCUAGGAUGGACAAGCACAGUACUAACAAUGAUGACAAUGCCAGAAAAUAUAGAUUAA